GCAGCGCGCACCCCUGUGAACUCCACGUGGCGGCCACGCGGCGACGCGAGCAUCCCCCUUCCCUUGCCCCUCGCGCGCGCGUGCGGCAGCGGCGGAGCCCAGGACUGGCACGCGCGCGCGCGCUCGCGCAGGUUUUGCAGGCACGGCGGCGGGCACGCGCCGGGGGCGGCGGCGGACGGGGAGCGAGCCGACACCGACGACACCGACUCGCAGCUCUCCUUCAGCAACGCCAGCUCCCCCUCGCAGGACGUGGGAGACUCGCGCGACUCUGAGGCGCACGAGGGCGACGGCGGCGGCGGCGGCGGGGGCGGGGGAGGCGCUGCCGAGGCGCUGACCGGCCGCGGCCCUUGCAAGAUCUCCAGGCAGUUAGUACAAGAUACUCUCCUAGACGAGGGCUUGAGAGUUGUCAAGGAAAUGGUGGCAAGCCAGGAUGAAAUUAGCGACAGAGAAAAAUCCGUACUAAGACGCUCAUCCUGUGACUCUCAUCAAGAGAACAAAGUACAGGUCAUUGCAUCCAGUGGAGGCAACAUCAUUGCAGUGGCUAAUCCUGCACUGUCCAUGUCACCUGCUAUCGCUUCUGAAAGUGUUGACAGAUCUUUUCCAACAUUCCUUCAAGGAGGAUCUUCUCUGGUGCUGAAACAAGAAGUAGUAUCACCAGUUCCAUCACCUGCUGUGCCAAAUACCAAAACAGAGUGACCCGACUUCUAUUAAUUUGUGUAGCAUUAUUCCCAUAAGGCUGUGAGAAUUCACUGUAAUGUUCCUGAGAUCAAAAUCACAUUUUGUGGUGCUUCAAAGUUUCUGUAAAUGAUGAACUUGAUACAAUUGAUUGCAUAAUACAUUUUUCAUGACUCAAACUAGCUUUUCCUUUCUAAUUUCAUAAUUAUUGGACAAUGCAGAUAAUCUUUGAUUCAUUGCAUUUAGUUUUGAAAAUCUUCUUGAUCAAGAACCAUUGUUUUCCUUGAAUGUGCUCUCAGAUCCUUAAAAUAUGUAUUUUAAGCACACAAUUUUGUGAUAAUCAUCACUUCAUCAAAGAUAUUAUUUUUACAUUUAUAAACAGACUGAUUCUCACUCAAUUUAAUCAAUAUUGCAAUAAUUGGAGUGUUUUUGCUGUUUGUCUUCUGAUACAACAGAAGAUUCCGACAGUCUAAUUGACAUAUUUCUUCAUUUUGUAACCAAGAAGCAACAUUUCUUUUGAAAAAUUGAUGUCUUUCAUACUACCUCUGGUAAAGCUACAAAGAUAACUGUGAUAUUUUUGUCACUGACAUAAAGAUCCACUGGUGCUGUCGUCAAAAUGUCUUUGUGACAAUUGUGCAGGUGGUGUAGAGAACUUCCUAAUCCAACCUGUGCCAUGAAAUAGUAAUACUGUAUAUAGAUCAGAUUUAUAUGCAGAGGUAUGAUGUUAGAAUAAGUGCCCUAGAUAGUGUUAAUAUUGAAAUAUCUAAUAUUCCAAUGAAAGGGCAAACGAUGCACUUAUCAGUAUUAAUUGUAAUAUUGUGAAUUGAAAAUUAUGUAAAUAAUUAUUUUUGUUUCUAAGUUAUUGUGUUCACUGUUCUGUCAUCUGUUGUAAAAUAUUCCUUAACACUAAAAGUUUUUUAUUGUAAAUCAAUGCCAUACCUACAAGAAUAAAACAUACAGUAAUAAGGAUUGCCUAUUCAAUAAAAUUGUUUCAGCUUAAUGCAAUUUCAACUCAAGAAAUAGUAAUGUCAUAAAUUAAAAAAACUACUUUGGUGCUUGACCUAUAUUUUUAAAUAAUUUACAUGUAUUAUAAAUAUUACAUCCUCAAUUGAAAAUGUAUUGCAAUCCUGCAAUUAAGUCUUUAUAAAGAUACAGGUGUUCGUGGUCCCUGAUAAUGAAAAGGUACUCUUUACAAAAACAUCUCUCUUUAGUGAACAUCACUAGCACCAUAAAAUAAUAGAAUUUUCUCACAAAAUGAAUAUUGAACAAUCAAUCUGUUUGUUUCAGUUGGUAUAGCAGUAGUCUCCUACAAUACACCUAAAUUAUUGAAGAAAGAUAAAUUUUAAUGAUAAUGAUUUAAAUUUUAAAGAUAAAUAAUAUUUUGCUUGAAUUGAACAACUUUGCUUAACAUAGCAUAUGUCCUAUUUCUAUUAAAUCUUGGAAAAUUUGAAAAAUGGCAAAAGUUAAAAUAUGUUCAACUGCAUUAUCAAUGCUAGGUAUUUCUUUCUUAAUACAAUCUGUUCCUCAUUAUUAGAUCAUUUUGCCAAUUCAUGGACAUUACAAAAAAAAAACAACAACA